CUUGAAAAUUCCACUACUACCGUGAAGUACACACCGGUUACUGUACGCAUCGCUCCUCACCAAUACGCGCGAAGAAUCUCGCGCGGCAUCACCGCCGCCGCUUCUGCGUCCGCUGCGUCGAGAGAACGCAUAUCCAGAUGGUUGGGUUUCGCCAUUUGGAUUGUGACCAUUGUUAAGGUUAAGGGCCAAAAGAUCGUCGUCGUUCACGACGAAAGGGGAGGCCAACUGCUCCCUGAAGACGAGCUUCACGCUCAUCAACGUUCGCGUUUUCAUCCCCGUGCAGCUCCGUAUCGACUUGUCGGCACGUCGGCAUAUCGAGACAUUUUUUAUCACUUUGGCACUGACGAAACAUGGCUUAUUGAAGAAGAUGACGGGCAUGCGAAAAGAUAUCAUUUCUCCGAGGAGAGGAGACGGAGGAGACCGCAACUGCGACGAGGCGAAUCAUCAGAUUGAUUAUAAUCGAUUCACAAAUGGAUGUAAAGACGAAACUCACGCCGUCCCCCGCCGAGGGGACUGCUACUGAUGCGAGAGAGAACCGAGAUGUUAACAACGAACUCUAUCUGGGAACAUUGCGCAAAAGAGAACCUACUAGCGCCAAUAAAUUUGCUAGAAAUGAACAACCAGCAAAGUACAAUGUACAGAAAGCAAAAGAUUUUGUUAAGAGACAGAGACCUAAAGGACAACAUCAUGGCGGUGCAGAGAAGAAUUCCAAGGUAGUGAAAAACAACUUACCUGAGUAUGACUCAGUAUUGGUCCAAGGAAGAAAAGUAAAUGGCAAUUAUUUGCUGAAUUUUCACUACGCACGAAAUAAAACGCGAGAUGCACAAAGCAGGGAUGUAGGAAGACAUAGUUGCAACAAUGAUAGAUUACUUCCACCAGUGCAACGGCAUAAGUACAACAAAGAACAAUUUAUACAAGCUAGCUGCCAGUUUGUUGUGACUGCGAGCGGAGAUUAUUCCUUAUAUUUGACCAACGCUGAUAUUCUUGUGGAUUGGAAAUUGAUUGAGCAAGUUAAAUUACACAAUUCAGAAAAUCUCUCUUGUCCUAUUUGUUUACAUGCACCAGUCGCAGGCAAAAUGACUCGCUGUGGUCAUGUCUAUUGCUGGCCCUGUAUUCUUCGUUAUUUACGUUAUUGUCAAGAAACAGGCAAUUAUAAAUGCCCCAUUUGUGAUGAAUAUCUUCAUAAAGAUGACUUAAAAAGUGUGGUUGAGAUUACGCGAAACACAUACAACUUGGGUGAUACAAUUAAACUACGUUUGAUGCGACGCGAAAAGACCUCACUAUUUGCGACACCUGUGGAACCUAUGAUUCAUCCACCGACAACAUUUUUAUCCGUUUCGAAAACUGCUGCUAAUCAGAUAUAUUCAAAACUUCUUAUUGCAAACAUAAAAGAUAUUAUGGACAUCAUAGAGCGUGAGCGUUUGGAAUUAGAACUUGAACUUAGGGAUAAUCCAGAUAUGGCUUUUGACAUCGAGCAAGCACUCAAUGAAUUAUUGAAAAGGAAGGAAAAGUUGUGCAAGGAUACAGAGUCUAAAGAUACUCUAUCUAUGGAAAGUACAAUAAAAAAAGACAUUACUGAAGAAACACCACAAGGAAAUGAAAUAAAUGUCAAUAAGAGUUGCAAAGAGGAUGGUAUGCCUUUAGUAAAACAAUCUUCAACGGAUAGUGUUUCCAGUGAUAGCCAAUCUGUUUCAAAUCCUCCCAAAUUUUUAUAUUUUUAUCAAGCUGAAGAUGGACAGCAUUUGUAUCUUGAUAGGUUGAAUGUGAGCAUGUUGAAAAAGCAAUAUGGUAGUCUGGAGUAUUGUCCACCUGUUAUAACAGGUAAGCUUCUCGAGAAGCAAGCAAGCAUCAGCACGGCUAACUUGAGAAAGAAAUUACCAUGUCUUUCUCACUUACCACUUACUUGUCUAUUCGAAUCAGUUGAGAUUGAAUUAAAACCACCACUCGUAUCGGAAGAAGUUCUUAGUGAUUUCCAUGAGCAAUUGAAUUUGAGGCAGAAAAACAGAGAACAGAAGAAACGCGAAGAAAAUAAAAGGGAGAAAAAAAUAAUAGAAGUCGAGAAUAGACUGAUUGGCAUAUAUCCAACGCCCAACAUCGACAUUGAAUCGCAUCAACAUUUUCCUGAAUUGCAAGCAGAAUUACAAUUUUCCAACGAGCAUGUACUGUCGCUCUCAGAAUCAGCAACUUCAAGUAUCGCUAGCAGUCCACCUUUGAGUGCAUUUGAUGAAAUUCCGAAACAAGAAACGGAUCAUUCAUCGCAUGGACAAAUUCGAACAUUUGCCGAUAUAACUAAAAAGUUAUCGUCAACAGUACCAAUAAAGACGUACAACAAAAAAUCUACCAAUGCUUGGCCAUCUGUAAAAUCGAAAAAAUGUAACACCAGUACAACGUCAUCUAACAAGGACGAAGAAGAAGUAUCGCCGGAAGUAGCAGCAAAGACACAUGAUAAGUCUGCCAAUGCUUGGCCUGUAAAAUCGAAAACAUAUUCUGGUACAACAAGUACUUCUUCUUCCAAUGAAGAUGAAAAGAGACCCUACAUUUCUGAACAAGCGAAGGAUGAGAGUAUCGCAGCCGGCAAGAAGAAGAAGAAAAAGAAGAAUAAAGGAACUGUACUAUUAACGACUGGCAUGACAUCCGGCUAUUCUUUAUAAUUAUCUGUACGAUCGCAUACGAUAAUUUUUUGCUAUAUGGUAAUUGGUAACUUCAUUGGAUCAAUUGUAGAAAAUUUUUAACUUCGUUACUGCUCUUGUGUAUUAUCAUUAUUUGAUAUUGUAGAGCAUACAUAUUGAAUGUCUUUAUUUCUGUACUGAAAAUUAUUGUAAUUCUUUACUGUAUAAAGAAUAAUUAUUUGCUGUAGGGUUCUCGCAUAUUGUGCUUACGAAUAAAAUUUUACUUCAUUUA